GCUGAUGAGUUGGUCAAAGAAUUCUCGAAUAUAUUCGCUCCUUCGUAGUUUUAAAAACAUCAGUGGACUUGGCGUAAAGCGGAAGUGAGAGCUCGAAUUGUGCGAAAACAAGUGAAGGUGACUGAUUCUUGCUGAGAGCGAUGGCUUGUUCAGGAAAACGUGUAAACCCGCUGGCUUGGGUUUCGACUAAAUAAACAAGGUGAACUGAAACGAAAUUAAUCUCUUCUGUGAAAAAAGAAAGAAGAAGAUCGGGAGAUAAGGCGUCUUUGGAAGCCGAAGAGUGCAGAGGAAAGUGAACAAGAGGUUGACGCCGAAGACUCUGAAACAAUCGCGAUGAAGGGUGCAAAGCGAGAUUGGAUCUUCAGGGUGCAGGUGCCGAACCUUGAAAAAAAUGAAUUGGUCUACGUCGUUGGUAAUCUGCCGGAACUGGGUGCCUGGAAUCAUAAUCAAGCGAUUCAACUACCCAGAGAGUUAACGGCUGGUGACGCUGCUAUGUUUGAUACAAAUAACGGUUCCUACCAUAUUGGACACGGAGCCGAGCAUGAAAGCAUCGCCGAGAGCAUGUUUGGUAACGGAGAUGAUGAAGCUCCAGUCUAUUCUCAAACUGUUUGUCUGCCGACUGACGUCGAUGUGGAGUUUCGUUACUUCAUAGCUGUUAUAUGCCAACCAAACGGCACUAAGAAUUCUGCUAAAACUUUGAUCAUACGGAAAUGGGAAACCCACAUAACUCCUAGACUGAUUAAAAAAAAUGCACCGAGCAACUUUUCCGGUGACAUGAACAUUACUCCAGACAAAUUUGGAUACAACAAUGGGUAUUUCAAAGUUGAGAGAGGCUGGCUCACUGAUGAGACUGUCAUUCAGUUCAAGAUCUUCAAUAGUCCUCUUAAAUUAUGGAAAGAACGGUUACACAACAAGAAAGUUUACAUCAAGAUGACUCCAGUGAACCUAAUGAAACACAAUUCAUUGGAGCUUCAGCAGUUGGGCGGAGACUGUGUCGAAGACAGUCUCUCUAUGGACACACAAGAUAUCGUUGACCAGCCGCCAAUCAGCGUUACUGAAAUUUGCGUUUUGAACGAUGAAGACGUGUGCUUUAAGUACCAGGAUCAGUUUGGUCACGCUUACCGCGAUGAGGAAUUCAUUGUCUUCAAUGUGGCUGUCAGAUAUCCUGAAACAAUCGCAUACCUUGUCGACUACUAUGUGUACAGUUCAAGGACUUUCCCUGGGGAGCCACCAAAUCACAUUGGCUUCAGCUACAUCUUGCCUAGCACCGUUCAAGCCAGCGUUGGACUUCUCACUGUACCGAUUACCAGCAACAAGCAUAGGCCUAUUGGUCAGCUAACCAUCGAGUAUGUGCGCAUAAACCCAAUACCUGAUUAUCCGUGGGACAUGAGUAUUUCAUACGCAAAACACUGGGAGCAAAGGUGGUCAGGGCUUGACGUUGGGCACAGAGGACUCGGUACUUCGUUUAAGUUUGAAAUGAAAAACUGUGCAAAUGUCAGAGAGAACACCAUUGCGUCCUUGAAAACUGCGGCUGAUCAUGGUGCCGAUAUGGUCGAAUUUGACGUUCAGCUAUCAAAAGACCUCAUUCCAGUAAUCUAUCAUGAUUUUUACGUAUCCAUAUCUCUCAAACGUAAAAAGCAGAUUGAAGCAAUGGAUAUGCUUGAAAUACCUGUCAAGGAUCUCACCUUGGAACAGUUGCACCUCUUGAAGGUUUAUCAUCUUGCCGAAGGAAGGGAAAAGAACCCAAGAUUUUUCGACGAGGAUUUAGAGGAUCAUCAACCCUUCCCCACCCUGAAAUCGGUUUUUCAAGAGCUAGAACCUCAUGUUGGAUGUAAUGUCGAAAUUAAGUGGACCAUGCAGCUGAAGGAUGGCACAUUCGAGCUAAAUCAUCCAUUUGACCUAAAUCUGUAUCUAGACAUAAUAAUCAAGGUGGUUUUGGAGCACGGUGAAAACAGAAAGAUAGUAUUCUCAAGUUUCAAUCCAGACAUAUGUAUGAUGAUUAGACUGAAGCAAAACAAAUACCCUGUAGUGUUUCUCACUCAAGGUAUCACUUUGAAAUACCCAACUUACCACGAUCUCAGGUGUCAAACAAUACCCAUGGCAAUGAGACAUGCACUAGCGGCGGAUAUACUUGGGAUAAAUGUACACACCGAAGAUAUUCUAAGGGAUCCUUCACAAGUUAAACUAGUCAAAGAUGCUGGCCUAAUUAUAUUCUGCUGGGGUGAUGACAAUAAUGAUAAAGAAACCAUCCAGAAUCUGAAAAAACUUGGUCUACACGCUGUUAUUUACGACAAGAUUGAUGAAUACAACCAAAAGGAAGUCAAGGAGAGUAUCUUCUUGGUAGAUGCAAGGGAAAGUGAAAAGGCACUAAUUGCAUUAGCCCAUUGCAGUCAGACUUGUGGUCCUCCACAACUACCACCAGCAUCUGCACCAAACUCCACUGAAAAGGGCUAUUUCCUGGAAUUGGAGAAGUCUAGAAAUUUAGCAGUAACUGCGUCGACAGCGACCUCGCUGGGUUCGCUUGCUAAGAAUAGUCUUGGCGGAGACAGUGUUUAUCCGAUAAAAAAUUUCACUGUGAAUGAUUGCAGUGACGACGAUGCUGCAACGGAUUGUCUUUGAUGCUUCUGUUUUGGAAAAACAUUCGCGUCGUCAUUUUUAUCACGAUUAGUUAGAACGCCGUCCGCUGAAGGCACGCGCGAAAAUUACACUAAUAAAUUUUUUUAACUAUACUUUUAUAGAUUUACGAAAUGAUUUUUAGUGAUGAUGACGUUCAUACAACUAUUGAGUACUGGAUGUCAACGAUGCUCAAGAGUAUCUUUUGGGCGUUAAUUUGUACGAAACAGUAAAAGUCUUUUAUUGCUUUCGAUUCAUCUUCUAUUUCCUAAUAUUUUUUUUAUUUUGUUUGGAUGUUAUUAUUUUUACAAUGUCAUACUCUUUGUUCGAUUUGAGACAUAUAGCCUCUAAAUACUCCCACUGGGCUCACUGACCACAAGGAUGUAAUAU